AUGGUGAAACCAGGAGGAGACAGAGAGGGAGUACAUGAAGAGAGACUGGUAUCUUGGUUGCCACCACUAGUGAGUUGGACGAAGUUGAAUACAGAUGGAGCAUCGCGUGGGAACCCGGGCUUAGCAGCGGCCGGUGGAGUCUUGCGAGAUGGUGAUGGCCGAUGGAUCGGUGGCUUCGCUUUAAACAUUGGGAGGUGUAAUGCACCUAUGGCGGAGCUCUGGGGACUAUAUUAUGGACUGUGCAUCGCGUGGGAGAAGGGAAUAACGAGACUUGAAGUCGAGGUGGAUUCUCUGAUGGUGGUUGGUUUUAUUAAGACAGGGAUCUGUGACACUCACCCUCUGUCUUCCCUGGUACACUUGUGCCAUGGCUUCUUGAUGAAGGAUUGGGAAGUCCGAAUUGCUCACGUGUAUAGGGAAGCCAAUCAUCUAGCAGAUGGAUUGGCAAACUAUGCAUUUACUUUACCUUUGGGUUUACAUACUUUUGAUUCAGUCCCUUUGGACUUGCUUUCUGUUUUGCGAGAUAAUGAGUGUGGAAACUCAGUAUCGCGGCAUGUCCGUGUGUAA